CGCUCUCCCGGAAGGUGGGGGGCGGCGCCGCUGCGGCCGGCGAUGGCGGCAGCGGGCGGGCCGUAGCGUUCGAUACAGGCUGCAUCCCGAAGCACAGCGAUGGCCUCCCCUCUCGGGCCGACCGCGGCUGGGGAGCCGGCGCCGGGGAGCGAAGCGGAGCCCGGGCCGCCCGUAUCGCCGCCGCCGCCACCUCUGCAGCGCGAGCCGCUGUACAACUGGCAGGCGACCAAGGCGUCCCUGAAGGAGCGCUUCGCCUUUCUCUUCAACUCGGAACUGCUGAGCGACGUGCGCUUCGUGCUGGGCAAGGGCCGCGGCGCGGCGGGCGGACCGCAGCGCAUCCCCGCGCACCGCUUCGUGCUGGCGGCCGGCAGCGCUGUCUUCGACGCCAUGUUCAACGGCGGCAUGGCCACCACGUCGGCCGAGAUCGAGCUGCCGGACGUGGAGCCCGCCGCCUUCCUGGCGCUGCUCAGAUUUCUGUAUUCAGAUGAAGUUCAAAUUGGCCCAGAAACAGUCAUGACCACUCUGUAUACUGCUAAGAAAUAUGCUGUCCCAGCCUUGGAAGCACAUUGUGUGGAAUUUCUUACCAAACAUCUCAGGGCAGAUAAUGCCUUUAUGUUACUUACUCAGGCACGAUUAUUUGAUGAACCUCAGCUUGCAAGUCUCUGUCUAGACACAAUUGACAAAAGCACCGUGGAUGCAAUCAGCGCAGAAGGGUUUACUGAUAUUGAUAUCGAUACACUCUGUGCAGUUCUAGAAAGAGACACACUUAGCAUUCGAGAAAGUCGACUUUUUGGAGCUGUUGUACGCUGGGCAGAAGCAGAAUGUCAGAGACAACAGCUGCCAGUGACUUUUGGAAAUAAACAGAAAGUUUUAGGAAAAGCACUUUCUUUAAUCCGCUUCCCACUGAUGACAAUUGAAGAGUUUGCAGCAGGUCCUGCUCAGUCUGGCAUCUUGUCAGACCGUGAAGUGGUGAACCUCUUUCUUCACUUCACUGUCAACCCCAAGCCCCGAGUGGAGUACAUUGACCGUCCACGGUGCUGCCUGCGGGGCAAGGAGUGCUGCAUCAACAGGUUCCAGCAGGUGGAGAGCCGAUGGGGCUACAGUGGGACCAGUGACCGGAUCAGGUUCACAGUUAACAGAAGAAUCUCCAUAGUUGGAUUUGGCUUAUAUGGAUCUAUCCAUGGUCCCACAGAUUAUCAAGUGAAUAUACAGAUCAUUGAAUAUGAAAAAAAACAGACCCUGGGACAAAAUGAUACUGGGUUUAGUUGUGAUGGGACUUCUAACACAUUCAGAGUCAUGUUUAAGGAGCCUAUAGAAAUCCUGCCCAAUGUGUGCUACACAGCAUGUGCAACACUCAAAGGUCCGGAUUCCCACUAUGGCACAAAAGGGCUGAAGAAAGUUGUGCAUGAGACACCUGCCGCCAGCAAGACCGUUUUCUUCUUCUUUAGUUCCCCUGGCAACAAUAAUGGCACUUCAAUAGAAGAUGGACAAAUACCAGAAAUAAUAUUUUAUACAUAAUUUAGCAUUAUAAUACAUCUUGGCUAAAUAGUACCUACCACACAAUCUAGACUCAGACAUAUAAAUAACUGGCCACAGAAAAAAGUUUGAGUAUCAAGAAUAUUUAUGAUUGGGCUGGGGAUUUAGCUCAGUGGUUCUGGCGCCUGCCUCGCAAGCACAAGUUCCUGAGUUCGAGCCCCAGUACCAGAAAAAAAAAAAAAAUUUAUGAUUGUAAGAUAAGAAACAUUUUAGUUUCUUAGAAGAAAUAGAAAAAUGUUUAUUUAAAUCUCUGCAUGAUUUAAAGGCAUAUUUUCCACUUUUUUGUCACCUUAGGGGAAUAGAGGUAGGUUUGUGUAAAAAAAAUGCGGCUGUUUCAGCUGCUUCCUGUAUCAUUUCGUUGUCAACUGACUCAUGGUCUUUCAGUAGUUUUGGAAUUGAAAGAUUCUUGUUACACGUAGCCAGUCUGGUUUCUUUAUUUUUAAUUUUUGAAAGUAGAUGAGAUAGGUCAGUAUUCUUGCAGAAUUCCUAUUAAGUCAAAUAACUAAUUUCAGAAAAUUAGGAAAACUGGCUUUAUAUUUGAGAUUUAAAAAUAUCUGCUAGCUAACAUUUGGAAUAAUGCUAAAAAUAGGCCUAAUAAUGCCCAAGAAAAUUUUCAGUUUUUCUAUUCACAGAAAAGGAUAUUUUGUAAUAGUAUAGUAAUGCAGUACAUAGUAUAGUGUUCAAACUAAAUGGAUUUUGUAUACAUUCACAAUAAUGUGGUAUAUACAAAGUCUCUAAAGGUGUGACAUAAGCCUGGAUCUUUAUUUAUCAUUCAGCUGUAUCACCAUACCUGCCUGUCUGUCUGGGGUGCUGCUGAUGAGUCCCAAGACUGAGCUGAUGGUGGUGACUAAUGAUUGUUUAAAGAUACUGCUUCAACUGUGUGAUCAUCCCACAGAGCAAGAAAUGGAACACGGUUACUAACAUUUCUAACAGCUACUUUGAAAUUAUAAAGCUAUCCAACAGAGUCACUCCUGCCAAAAAGCUUUCUAUCACAUAGUUCUAUUCAAGAAGUAAAAUAUGUUUAAUAUUUGUGACCUCAUGAAUGUGACCAGCACAUCUAUAUUAGGAGGAAGUAGGAAAUACAUACAGUAGAGUGACAUUUAUACACUUUUAUAUACAGAUUUUUAAAAUACAACUUUUCCCUUGAAAGUGACUAUCCUAAAAAAACUUGUGUAGUUUAAGCGUAAAAUAUAUCAGAUAUUUGUGGAUGAUAAAAAAAUUCUUUCAGAAUCAAGAGAAAUUUUGUAAAUAGGAAGUAAAAAUUUUUCAUCAAAAGUACUAUUUCAUUAUACAUUUUUAACAAGGUAGUAAGAUGUGUUGAUGGCCAUGGUCUCUUGAAAUUGAAGAAAAGGGAAAAUUUUCUGUCUCGUGUACCAUGUCCUUAUGGAUAUAACUCACUUUACGGGAAUAUCUAUGGAACGUGUGGUUCUGGUUAACUAAAGAUUAACUGGCAAACAUUCGGUAGUAACCAUUACCAAAAUACUUCCGCCUUUUAAAAUGUGGUAUGCCAGAGAUAAGUUAGAGAUUUUGGGGUUUGAGGCAUUUCACGUGCCUUCUGUGUUAUACUGAACACUUGUAACUGAAAGUAGCCAUAGAAGGUACAUACUAGAAACAACUCUACUGACAUCAGGAAAUCACCUGAAACUUUACAAAAAUAAAUGUAUAUUAUCCUUUG